GCAAAGCCUGAUCAUCAAGAACCCCAACCUGACCAAACCUUUAAAAGUCUCCACUCCCUGCACGAAAACAAGAAUUUUUGUACCAAGUUUUUCUCUUCCAAUCCCAACUCUCUCCCACUUUACCUCUCCUCUUCUCUCUCUAAUCAUCCUCGAAAUUCUCUGAUGCUCUCUCAUCUUCUCAGAUGAACCUUUCUUUCCUAUCCUCCAGUGCUAUAUACUACUGGUAAAAGCCUUUCAGUUGCAAUCAAAAACAUAAACACAUCGGUUAGAACCCCUGCACGUUAUCACUUCCAACAUCUCUUCAUGCGUAUCCAACUUCUUGCCGUGUGAGUUUUUGCAACUGUUUCAUUGGUUGAUAAGGAAAGAAAAGACAGCACGAAGUUGAAGAAGAGGAAGACUUUGCGCAAGUGUUCAGGUACUAGUAGAUAGUGAUUUUGCCCUCGGCCAACUGGGGGUACGCAAGUUGGUGUUAGUGUCACCCUCCAAAUCUCUUUUUCUCUCAAUCUUCUCUCUGGCCUUCUUGUUUUCACCAUCUUUCCCCUCCGAAAGUCGGAAGUUGUUGGGGAAUUAUGGAAAAUCCAAAGCUGCAGCUGCAGGAACAUAUGGGGUCUGAGAAUCUGAGCUCAAUCAAUGAAGUCAGUGAAUUGGUAGACAAAGGUGCCCAGGAAAUAUCAGUUUCCCAUCAAACAAAUGGUGUGGAGGACUACACAGCCCGGAAAGCAUCUGAUAGCUUCAUAGUGGAUAUAGAGCGUUUCGCAUCACAUCUCAGUACUGACAAAGAUAUCAAAGCCAACUCCAGAAUUACAUUACAGAGAAGCCUUUCAAGAAAAGCGUCGCAGGAGCGAGGUGGCGAAAAGAAGUCCAAUCCCAUUGCCAAUGGUGAGAGAGACUAUGGCUCCAUUGCAAUUUCACCAAGAGCUUCUUUAUUGCAAGGGGGUAGCAGUAGCACGCCUGAAAAGCCGAUGGUGGCGGUGGUGGGCGCCACCGAGCACUCCCACAGCCCACAAGUUCAUAAUCCCAUAACUAUCAUGACCGGCAGCCUUGCCGGACCAACCGAAAGCAGGAUCAGCACCGCCAGCAGAAGAUUCAGUUUAAGACGAUCAUCUUCUCCCUCUUGGACUAUUGACCCCAGAAGAAUCCUUUUCUUCUUUGCCACAUUAUCAAGCAUGGGAACAAUACUACUCAUCUACUUCACACUAUCAAUGAACAAGUUCACUGGACGUGACAAUGGCCUCAAUUGAUGACCGCGAAAGCAAUCAGGCAUUCCCACCUCUAAUCUGGUAAAUGGCAUCAAACAAAGUGUCUGGCCAAAACUGGAAGCCAGCAUAGUAUAUAGAUGAGCACUAGAAAGUUGGUUAUAGAUGUUUGGGGAAAAAAUUCUGCUUUUUUUUCCUGUUAAGCAGCUGGGCACAAGAUGGUGGACAAGAAGAAUGAAUAGAAAACAGUAAAAACAGAUUGAAAAGCUAAUGCCUUUCGUUACAGGCGCAUCAUUCUCUGCAGAUUUCGCUUUUCUAAGGCUACUCUUAACUAUAUAAUAUACAAGAUGAAGACAACAGCAGAAUGCACUAUGACAAAGAUGGAAUCUUGAGCUCUACCAUUCAAAAGUGUUAGGAAAGAGAUGAUGUGAUGCACCUUUUUGUGUUGGAUCCAUCCAUGACUGCCAAGCUAAAUGAAGAGCUAGAAAGUAAUCCUGUUUAGCCCCAAUCAGGUUCCCUUAGACAUUAAACUUAUAGUUGCGGCUGCCAUGUGGGUAGGCAAUAAAGUGAAUUGUAACAGUGUACAGCACCGAACAUGUCUAUACGUGUGCAGAUUCUAGCCUUAAAUGGUUCUAAAACAUUUUAUGGUACAAAAGCAUUCGAUUGAUUAAAAUAA